GCGCGCAGCCCCGGGAGCCCCCGCCCUGCCUCCCGCCCGGCUCUCGGCGGCCGCCGUCCGUGCGUCCCGGGCCGUGGGCCGGCCGGUGCUCUGCGCCCGCGGGGACCCUCCGCGGCCCGGCCGCCAGCCCUCCCGCCGCCGCCGCUGCUCGGUCAUGGGAGCCCCGGGGCAGGCCACCGCCCGCGGCAGGGCCCUGUGGGCGCUGCUCCUGACCGCGCUGGGCUGCGCCGCGGGGCGGCCGCGGGGGGCAGAGUCCGUGUGCACCGCCCGGCCCCUGGCCCGGUACAGCAUCACCUUCACGGGCAAGUGGAGCCAGGCGGCCUUCCCCAAGCAGUACCCCCUGUUCCGGCCGCCCGCGCAGUGGUCCUCCCUCCUGGGGGCGGCACACAGCUCCGACUACAGCUUGUGGAGGAAGAACCAGUACGUCAGCGACGGGCUGCGGGACUUCGCGGAGCGCGGCGAGGCCUGGGCCCUGAUGCGGGAGAUGGAGGCGGCGGCGGAGAAGCUGCAGAGCGUCCACGAGGUGUUCUCGGCGCCCGCGGUGGCCAGCGGCACCGGCCAGACGUCGGCGGAGCUCGAGGCCCACUCCCGGCACUCGCUGGUGUCCUUCGUGGUCCGCAUCGUCCCCAGCCCAGACUGGUUCGUGGGCGUGGACAGCCUGGACCUGUGUGACGGGGACCGCUGGAGGGAGCAGGUGGCCGUGGACCUGUACCCCUACGACGCUGGCACGGACAGCGGCUUUACCUUCUCGUCCCCCAACUUCGCCACCAUCCCGCAGGACACGGUGACCGAGAUAACCUCCUCCUCUCCCAGCCACCCUGCAAACUCCUUCUACUACCGGCUGAAAUCCCUGCCCCCCAUCGCCCGAGUGACCCUGGUGCGGCUCCGGCAGCACCCCAGGACCUUCGUCCUGCCCGCCCCGGGCCCAGUGGGCGGGGGCAAUGAGAUCCUGGACAGCCUCUCAGGCCCCGAGACGCCGCUGGACUGCGAGGUGUCGCUGUGGUCGCCCUGGGGGCUGUGCGGGGGUCCGUGCGGGCAGCUGGGGGCCAAGAGCAGGACGCGCUUCGUCCGCGUGCAGCCCGCCAACCACGGCGCCGCGUGCCCGGAGCUGCAGGAGGACGCCGACUGCGUCCCCGACGCCUGCGUCUGACGCCCCCGCGGCCUCGGCCCCCGCCGGGCCCCGCUCCCCGUGGCUCCGGGGCGGGAGCCUCGCGCGACACGCGCCUCCUUCCAGAAGCUUCCCUCCGGGGCGCGUGCCCGGCUCCUCCCCCCCGGGGGGCUCGGCCCACGCCGCUCGGAGCCGGACGCGCGCACGGACGCCGGGCCUGGCACGCGGUGCCCCAGGGCGGCCUGCGGAGAGCCCCGGGGGCGGCGUGACGCGCCUCGGACCUGCGCCCCGGGCGCGCACUCGCCACGGCCCCGCCCGCCCGUCGGGCCCAGACCCCCCCCCCCCGCCCGGGGCGCGGA